AACCUCUUCCACCACCAAGGGGAGGUCAGCGUGAUGGAGCACAAGCCCUUUCAGACUAUGGACCCCAUCCGAGUCAACCCUCCGCCCAUCACCCCUCUGGAGACCAUCCGAGCAUUCAAAGACAAGCAGCAGAUCCACCCGGGUUUCAUGGGCGGGCAGCAGCACCCUCCCACUCACCACCCGCCGCCCCAGACUCUGACGCUCAAACCCAUCCGACCCCGGAAGUACCCCAACCGCCCCAGCAAAACCCCCGUCCACGAACGUCCGCACGCCUGCCCGGCGGAGAACUGCGACCGGCGCUUCUCGCGCUCGGACGAGCUGACGCGGCACCUGCGCAUCCACACGGGCCACAAGCCCUUCCAGUGCCGGAUAUGCAUGCGCUCCUUCAGCCGCAGCGACCACCUGACCACGCACAUCCGCACGCACACCGGCGAGAAGCCCUUCUCCUGCGAGUUCUGCGGCCGCAAGUUCGCCCGCAGCGACGAGCGAAAGAGACACGCCAAGGUCCACCUCAAGCAGAAGGACAAGAAGCCCUCGGACAAAGGCGUGAUCGGGAGCCACAGCUCGCCCAGCAACUCGUGUGGGGGCCCCACCAUGGGACCCUCGUGACCCCCACUACCUGCACUUAGACCGGCCCCUGAGACUCAGCACGACGGGGCCGCGUCCAUGGAAAGACAUCAGUUCCUCCCUUUCCUUUCAGUCCCAGGAAUGAAGAGAAAAUCUUAGUACAUUCCGGCUAAAAAGGCCCCCGGUUGUCUCAGCUGGCUUUGCAGAGGUUCAACUUUUGUACAUUUCUUACCUGAGAGGAAGCCAUAAUCUCUGAGGGGUGAGUGACUUGUCUGGGAUACUUUCAAAGUGCAAUUGUUGUGUUUGUCAUGGACACCUUACAGUGGCGCUUGUCUUUCAUUUCUCUUUCUUUUUGCAAAG